AACAAACGAAAAAGAAGUUACCUGAUGUUUUUCUUGUCUGAUGUUGGCCUGUUCUGGAUUUAGCCUGCCAAAACUGCCUUUGCGACAAGAACAACGUGGGGUGCUGUGCAGCAUCAUUGAGACUUGAUUAGGCAAACCAUUUCCCAGGCUCCCCUUCCCUCACCCCCAUCCCUGACCCGUCCAAACCUCUCAACCUUCACCAUGAAUGAAAUCAGCUUAGUCAGAGAGGGAUGGCUCCACAAGAGAGGCGAGUAUAUUAAGACAUGGAGACCCAGGUAUUUCAUUCUGAAGAGUGAUGGUUCCUUUAUUGGCUACAAGGAGAGGCCAGACCACACGGACCAGAGCGUACCACCCCUCAACAACUUCUCAGUGGCAGAGUGUCAGCUGAUGAAGACGGAGCGCCCUCGCCCAAACACCUUUGUGAUCCGCUGCCUGCAGUGGACCACUGUCAUCGAACGCACCUUCCACGUGGAGAACAAUGAGGAGAGAGAGGAGUGGAUCCGGUCCAUCCAGGCGGUGGCUAACGGUCUAAAGAGGAGGGAACCGGAGGAGGAAGAGGAACCCAUGGAUCUGUUCCACUCUCCCAGCGACUGCAGUCUGGAGGAGAUGGAGGUGGCCAUGUCCAAAAGCAGCUCUAAAGUGACGAUGAGCGACUUUGAGUACCUGAAGCUGCUGGGCAAGGGAACUUUUGGUAAGGUGAUCCUAGUCAAGGAGAAAUCCACCGGUGUUCACUACGCCAUGAAGAUCCUGCGCAAGGAGGUCAUCAUAGCCAAGGAUGAGGUGGCCCACACAGUUACAGAAAGCAGAGUGCUGCAGAACACACGGCACCCCUUCCUCACUACCCUGAAAUAUGCCUUCCAGACACAUGACCGACUGUGCUUUGUUAUGGAAUAUGCCAACGGAGGAGAGCUCUUCUUCCACCUGUCUCGAGAGCGCGUAUUCACAGAAGACCGAGCUCGUUUCUAUGGUGCAGAGAUUGUGUCUGCGUUGGAGUACCUUCACUCUCGUGAUGUUGUCUACAGGGAUUUAAAGCUGGAGAACCUGAUGCUGGACAAGGACGGCCACAUCAAGAUCACAGACUUCGGGUUGUGCAAGGAGGGUAUCACCCCUGAUGCCACCAUGAAGACCUUCUGUGGCACUCCAGAGUACCUGGCACCAGAGGUGCUGGAGGACAACGACUAUGGCCGGGCGGUGGACUGGUGGGGCCUGGGCGUGGUCAUGUACGAGAUGAUGUGCGGCCGACUGCCCUUCUACAACCAGGACCAUGAGCGCCUGUUCGAGCUGAUCCUUAUGGAGGAGAUCCGCUUCCCCAGGAACCUGGCGCCCGAAGGCAAGGCCCUGCUGGCCGGCCUACUGAAGAAGGACCCCAAGCACAGGUUAGGGGGUGGACCCAAUGAUGCCAAAGAGGUGAUGACACACAAGUUCUUCGCCACCAUUAACUGGCAAGAUGUUCUGCAGAGGAAGCUGACUCCGCCCUUCAAGCCUCAGGUGACUUCUGAAACAGAUACCCGCUAUUUUGACGACGAGUUCACAGCACAGACCAUCACCCUCACGCCUCCAGAUAAAUAUGACAAUCUGGAUUGUGAGGACCCUAACCAACCUGCCCACUUUCCCCAGUUCUCAUACUCUGCCAGCAUAAGAGAGUGAUGCCCCCAUAACAAAUCUCUCACACACACACGGUCGUAUCAAAGACUGGAAUCUGAUGAUGCCAUAAACUGGUGGUUUAUUGGUCUUGGUGGGAUCUGUGCCAAAACUCACCACCACAAUGUUAUGUAUAAACUGUAGCCACACUACCCUCAGGCCUGGCUGUCCCUGCAGCAUACCAGGUCAGCAGGACACACAGGAACAGCUCUAGCACCUAUGGACACACCUGCAGACGACUAGCGCUGCUCUCCUUUCUGCGUUUCUUGUACUCGCAGAUGGAACUCGGUCUUGAUUUUCAAUUCCUCUCAUUUUUCUUUUUACAUUAACACACAACUGCUGGAGCUACAAGAAACACUCAAAUUAAUACCCAUAUUUCGGAGUUUUUGCUUAAUAAGGAGACAUACUCUUUCUCUGUGA